UAUCAAGAUGAAGCCCCGGGCGCACGAGGAACAUGGGACUGCCGUACUGCGGGAAUCGGGCCCGAUGUUGCAGAUCCUCUACAAACGGCAGGUGGCGUUCCCGACCUGCCAUCCUAGUCCUCAGCGGUGCGGGUCUGUUGCCUUGAGGCAAUGUUUGUUACUUCUAGGAUAUUAGGAUCGGUGCGAUAACGAUGAUGCCUACUCUGAUUACCUCAAUAGAUCAGUUACGAUAGACGUAGCAGUGCAUCGCGACAAUCCUCAAAGAAGACCAUGCGUCUGAGCCAGAGUCAUCGUAUCCCCUCCCACCACCACUGUUGCGACGCAAUGCCGAAGGUGAAAAGAUCGAGCGUGAAACCACGUCUGUCACUUCCACACCGUCUAUCUGACGAAGAGGCGCGCGCGAAGUACCGCAGGGAAAGACUGGGUCUACCGGGUCCCGUCGACAGGUGGAUAGCCGCUAGCACAGUAACCUCGGAUGACUGUAGCAUUGACCCCGGUUGCCCGCUCGCCCCAGACGAGGUGCAAUGCACACUCCAGAUGCAGCGGAUCGAAGCGCCCGACGAUAACCCCGACUUCAGCGAUCCCGAUACAUUCGUCCUGUAUCUCACCGUGACGGGCGCCGCACACCAACGGGCUUCACAUAGCGUGGACGCGAGCCACCGCAUUGUCUUAGACAGAUACGAGGGCUGGUGUGAUAGCCUCGAGGCCCCGGACUGGACCAAGUGGGCGUCGGGGCAGCCGACAGUGUUUCGGCAGCGCAAAUCCAGUCUAGCGGACGUCGUGCGCAAUGCACUGUGGGAGGACGCCGUCGCGCCUCUGAUCGACGCGCUGGAUGCGGCACACUUGUGCCAUUAGCAAUGCCAU